UUUGCGUCUGCAAUGUCGACGGAACCAGAAACCUCCUCACCGGAAAAGCGGAUCUUCUCGCCGACGGAAACCUCCUCCUUCAGCCAGAGUAAUCCCGAAAGCCUAGACCAACCUCCGACGCCGUGGAUUGACUACGCGAUUGAGCAGGCUGGGAUUUACCAGAAGAACAUCGGAGAGACACUAAGCUCGGCGUUCGAAGCUUCUCGAUCACGCCUCUCGGAGAUUCGCGACACCGGCUCGGCUCAUUGGAGCCAGACCAUUGACUCGUUGGAAGAUGUCAAGUCUAACUAUGCUGAUUAUGAGGAUGUUAUGCUUGCUAAGGUUAAAGAGGGUGCUUCUGUGGCGGCUUCACAUCCAUUUAUUACUGGUGGAGUCGCUGCUGCUUUGGGGUUUGUGGUUCUAAGAGGACCACGACGCUUCUUGUACUACAAAAGUUUACGCCUAUUCACGAGCGAGGAGUCCUUGCUUACUAGAGCUGAUACCAAAGUGAAGGAUUUGCGUCAUUCAAUUGACGUUCUAAAGGCUGAAAGUCAACAAUUGGAGAAAAGAGCAGCACAUGCAGAAGAAGAACUGCUAAAGGGAAGGAAUAAACUCAGACUAGCUGGGAAGCAAAUUCAAAGUGCGAUUGGAACAGGAUAUAAGAUUGAAAAACAAGCGAGGGGUUUAAAAGAUUUUAUAGGAGAACUUCCUAGAAGGGAAGCAUCUGUGCUCCGGGACCGAGUUACAAAAUUGGCUGAUGAGGCAAAGCAAGAAAGGAAGGCCUUGUCAAAGGAGAUCACAAAGAUUAGCAAUUAUGGGAUCUCAGUCUGAGAUGUCUUUCACUGACAUCCCUCAUUUGGAAGAGGAAGAAAAACCCUGAUCCAAGUAUCAAUAAUUGAACCGAAUCCAGUCCAUGGAAAAUUUUGUUCAUAAGUUUUGUAGAAGGCAGUAUCACUUACGAACAGAGUUCUCGGUCUGAUUCUUUGCUCUUGGCAGGUGAUAGGCCUUACAGUAAAUUCAGUUCUGUGAAGAAUUCUCUGCCUUGCACGUUAUUCUCAUUUAUAUUUGGGAGAUGAAAAUAUGGCUCGGGUUGUUGGUUUGCA